AUGAACGAGUUUUUCCAGACAUAUCGCGAAUUCUUUUCAAAUCGAGGAGGACCUAAAGCAAUCUACGCAUUUAUCGAAGCUAAAGAUGGAGGUAAUCUGCUGAAAACGUCCCAUUUCAACGAGACAGUGCAGGUUCUUGACAAGAUUUCAAGAGAUUUCUACUUGCGGACCUCUACGGGCGACAAAAAUUUCGAGCAAUUCUGUCAAGGAUUCUGCACUCUCAAUGAACCUAUUCGACAUUUCUAUAGUGGCAUGUUGAUCACCGACAAAUAUACAAACGAAAGUCGGCAUUUGGACUUGGGUUAUCCCAUCACAACAGUUCUCGGUACAAAGCUGUUUAUGGAUCCGAACCUCUUCGGUGUGAAAGUUGUCGUCAAAGACAACCAAGGCCAGGAGCUUGUUGUAUCAUCAGCGAAUCGCAAGUAUAAAAGCUCCCUGCAGGUCUGUUAUUCCUGGCUCUUCCAUCUUCGGAAUUUCUAUCAUAAAAUCAGUUCAUCAUAUGAAAAGAAACAAAAU